AUGGGUCUUUGCCUGGCUUCUCUAAAGGUCCAGGUCUCGGCCUUGUCCAUCUGGUUCCAGCAGAGACUGGAGCCCUUGGCAGAUGUGCGUACCAUCCUCCAGGUGGGUACUCUGGAUAUAACCUCCAUUUGUCCCUCCGGUUGCUCCAUGGGAUUUGUCAUUGGUUCUUCGGGGCUUACAACAGACUCCUUUGGAACACUGGAAACAGUUGUCAAAUCUGACCCAUUUGCAGGAUGUACACUGGAAAACAGAAGCUGGACAAAUGAGUUCCUGCUCCUUGGAUUUACCAAUGAAAGAGACAAAAGUGUCAUACUAUUUAUUUUCUUUUUCCUGAUCUAUAUAAUGACCCUUUUGGGAAACAUAACCAUAAUCUCGUUGGCUACAGUGGAGAUCACGUUAAGAACACCAAUGUAUUUCUUUCUAAACAACUUUUCUUACCUUGAGAUAGGUUACACUACAACAACUGUACCUAGAAUGCUAUAUCAUCUGUUAUCUGGAAACAUGGCUAUAUCCUUUAAUUCUUGCCUCACUCAGAUGUAUUUCUUUUUUGUCUUUGGCACCACAGAAUUCUUUAUUCUGGCACUAAUGGGAUUUGACCGUUACCUGGCCAUCUGUCAUCCACUUCAUUACACUACAAUCAUGAACAAACAAUUUUGCUACCAGCUAGUGUUAGGAUCAUGGGUAAGUGGAUGUCUAGUUCCAACCGUACCCACAAUUGUGCUCUCUCGAAAGCCGUUUUGUGGCUCAAAAAUCAUCAACCACUUCUUCUGCGAUGUUGGCCCAUUGGUGAAACUAUCGUCACCGGACACAUUCUUCCUAGAUGUUUUUGUCUUUAUGAUUUCCGCUGUUGUAGUCCUCAGCUCAUUACUGCUUAUUACAAUAUCUUAUGUUUUUAUAAUCUCUGCUAUAUUAAGAAUAUCAUCAUCAUCUGGGCGCCACAAGGCUUUCUCAACAUGUGCUUCUCAUUUUUCUGUCGUAACUAUAUUUUUUGGUACUGUCAUUUUUAUGUAUGUCCGGCCAUCCUCUGUUGAAAAUUAUCAGAUGGACAAAGCUGUAUCAGUCUUUUAUUCUGUUGUUACACCGGCUCUCAAUCCUCUUAUUUACAGUUUAAGAAACAACGAGGUAAAAAGAGCCUUGAGGAAAGUCUUCCAAAGAAGACAAAAAUCCUUGGAAAGUUUAGGUGUCAUUUAUUCCAUUAAACACAAAGCAAAUUUUAGACAACAUUAA